AAAACUUUUAAAUUAUUUUCGGUGACCAAUACAAAUUAUUUUUAGUUUUUAAAAACGUUACUAUUACCUCUUAUCUAAGAAAACUUAAUUUACCAUUAAAACACAUAAUUAGAACAAGCUUAAUAAAUUGAGUACAUGCAGUAGGUAUUACUAGUAUAAAUAAAUCCAUGAAAACCUUAAUAUAAACGGUAAAAUGAAGUUUAUAUUGCUAGUAUUAUUUAUUUUAGUAAUUUCAGAUCUAAAGGGCAUGGUCUCCUAUGAAAUGGAUCCAGAAGUUACACUUGAAGAUGGAAAAAUUCUAGGAAAAAUAGGUACCACAAAUUUAAAGAGACCGUACCAUGCAUUUGAAGGUAUUCCCUUUGCCAAACCCCCUGUGAGAAAUUUAAGAUUUGAACCUCCAGAGCCUAACGAGAAAUGGGAUGAAACUCUUAUUGCAAAAACACGCCAAAGUAAUUGUAUCGAAGGAAGUGGUGAUGGAUCUGAAGAUUGCUUAUACUUAAAUGUAUAUACCCCAAAUAUAACCGGAAAAAACAUGUCUGUCAUGAUUUGGAUACAUGGAGGAAUUUUUAUUUAUAAAGACAGUUCAGUAGCACAGUUUAAUCCAGAGUAUUUAUUAGAUGAAGACGUGAUUCUUGUUGAUAUAAAUUAUCGUUUGGGAAUAUUUGGAUUUUUAAGUACUGGAGAUAUGGCUUCCCCAGGAAAUAACGGUAUUAAGGAUCUUAUAAUGGCUUUAAAAUGGGUGCAGAAAAAUAUUGUACAUUUUGGUGGAAAUCCAGAUAAAAUCACACUUUUUGGGCAAAGUGCAGGUUCAGCUUCAGUAUCCUAUUUGGUUCAAAGUAAACUAGCUAGUGGUUUAUUUCAUCGUGCCAUUAUGCAAAGUGGAACUUCUUUGUGCCUUUGGAGCCUUGCAAGAGAAGCAAGAAAAAUAGCAUUUAAUAUUGGUACCAUUCUUGACAUUGUAACACAAAAUUCUUCAAAAUUAGUAGAGGAAUUAAAAAAAGUCGAUUCAUCAGUUCUUCAUUCCAAAACCAAAUUUGUUUAUAGUGUGUACCUCGCUGGGGUUGAUGUUCGAAAUGGUUUGCCAAUUGGACCAGUAGUGGAACCUGAUCAUGAAGGUGCUGUGUUUACUGGAAAAAGUCACGAAAUGCUGUCUCAAGGCGUUUUUAAUCGUGUUCCUUUAAUAAUUGGUCAUAAUUCGCAAGAAGCUCUUGAAGCAUCUGCACUUCCAGGAAUUAUAAAAUUACUGAUUGGAAAAUUUACGUUAUAUAAAGGAAACUUUGCUCCUAUUGAUAUGAAUAUUAAUGAUUCUGUAAAAGCUAUAGAUGUCGGGUUACAAAUUAGGUACCAUUAUUUUAAGUAUAAGCUAGUAGUUGGAGAUAAGAAAGAUCUUAGUCAAUUUAUAAGCGAUGACCAAUUUAACAGACCAAUAACAGAAACAGUUAGGCUUCAAUCUCAAUAUGUCCCAGUAUACUACUACGUGUUUUCAUACCAGAGCAAAAUGGGAGAGUCCUUUAAAAGAUCACUUCCAGGCGUUGGACAUUCCGAAGAGUUAAUCUAUAUUUUUAAAAAAGAUGAUGCAAAUACUACAUCGGAAGAUAUUUUGACAAGAAAACGAGUUAUUAAACUUUGGACUAAUUUUGCUAAAUACGGGAACCCUACUCCAGAAGAAGAUAUAUUAUUUGAAAAUAAAGUUUGGGUUCCAGCCAAUUCAGGAAAUACCAAGGAGGAACUCAAAUAUUUUAACAUUAACGAAACAUUAUCUAUAGCUGUUAACCCCAACGAGAAAAAUUUGAAUUAUUUUAAAAAUCUCUAUAAUAAAUAUGGAAAUCCACCGUAUGAUACAUACUAAAGUGCUAUUUAUAUUAUAUUUAAGAGUUAUUAAGCAAUAUUAAAAAUAAUUAACAAUAAAAAUAUGUUUUUAUAUGUUAUUUUAAAUACCCAUUUGUAUUCUGUAAAAAAU